AGCUGACCAGGCCGGACCUUUUUCUCUGCACAUGGAAUAAACAUGGCGGCCUUAAUCAUGUAGAAGUUGACAAAAACUUUAAAUUUUGCCCGUUAAAUACUUGACCAUCAAAAAUUACCUUAAGAUGACUGAUGCAGACCCAGCCAGCGCGCAACCGCAUUUAUCGAAGCAGGAUUUAUCUACUCUGGAUGUCACCACGUUAAAUCCAUUAUCUCCUGAAAUUAUUAGCAGACAAGCCACUAUAAAUGUUGGAACAAUUGGUCAUGUAGCUCAUGGUAAAUCAACAGUUGUCAAAGCUAUAUCUGGUGUUCAGACUGUUCGAUUUAAGAAUGAGUUGGAAAGAAACAUCACAAUUAAACUUGGCUAUGCAAACGCAAAAAUUUAUAAAUGUGACAGUCCUGCUUGUCAUCGACCUGGCUGUUACAGAUCAUUUGGAAGUAGUAAAGAAGAUGUAUCACCCUGUGAGCGACCUGGUUGUACAGGCAAAUAUAGGCUAGUAAGACAUGUGUCUUUUGUGGACUGCCCUGGUCACGAUAUUCUUAUGGCCACCAUGUUGAAUGGAGCUGCAGUUAUGGAUGCUGCGUUGUUGUUAAUUGCUGGAAACGAAUCAUGUCCUCAGCCCCAAACAUCUGAACAUCUUGCUGCAAUUGAAAUUAUGAAGUUGAAACAUAUGAUUAUAUUGCAAAAUAAAAUAGAUUUAGUGAAAGAAACACAAGCAAAGGAGCAGCAUGAACAGAUUCUUAGAUUUGUUAAAGGAACCAUUGCGGAAGGUUCUCCAAUUGUACCAGUGUCAGCUCAGCUGAAAUACAACAUUGAAGUAAUUUGUGAAUAUAUUUGCAAGAAGAUUCCUGUUCCUGUGCGAGAUUUCACAUCUUUACCUAGAUUAAUUGUUAUUCGUUCAUUUGACGUCAACAAACCAGGGUGUGAAGUUGAUGAUUUGAAAGGUGGUGUUGCUGGUGGAAGUAUUCUGAGAGGUGUACUCAAGGUUAAUCAAGAAAUCGAAAUUCGUCCUGGUAUCAUCUCGAAAGAUUCAGAGGGACGAUUACGUUGUCAGCCCAUCUUCUCAAAGAUUGUUUCACUGUUCGCCGAGCAUAAUGAUUUGCAGUACGCUGCACCAGGUGGUCUGAUUGGCGUCGGAACAAAAAUCGACCCUACUUUGUGUAGAGCAGAUCGUAUGGUCGGACAAGUGCUUGGUGCUGUCGGAGCACUUCCUGACAUAUUCACUGAGCUUGAGAUCAGUUACUUUCUGCUUAGAAGGUUGCUGGGAGUAAAAACAGAAGGUGACAAAAAGGGUGCUAAGGUACAAAAGUUAAGUAAAAAUGAAAUGCUGAUGGUAAAUAUUGGAUCUCUGUCAACUGGCGGGAGAGUACUGGCUGUGAAAGCUGAUUUGGCAAAAAUUGUUUUGACGCAACCAGUCUGUACUGAAAUUGGGGAGAAGAUUGCCUUAAGUAGGAGAGUUGACCGUCAUUGGAGGUUGAUUGGUUGGGGUGAAAUUCGUCGUGGGGUAACCAUCAAACUCGAUCAGUAGCCGAAAUUUAAAAGAAGUCGUGAGAGUAUUUUUAAUGUGCUGAUGCGUACGUCUCACUGUAUCGUGAUAAUGGAAAAUAAAUAUUUUUUUUAAUCACCAUUAA